UGGAGAGAGGAUCUGGAGCGAGAUUCCUCAGACGGCAGAGAGACAGAGAGACAGAGAGACAGCGGUGGCUGAGUGAUGGAGAGAGGAUCUGGAGCGAGAUGCCUCAGACGGCAGAGAGACAGAGAGACAGCGAGCGAGCGGUGGCUGAGUGAUGGAGAGAGGAUCUGGAGCGAGAUUCCUCAGACGGCAGAGAGACAGAGAGACAGAGAGACAGCGGUGGCUGAGUGAUGGAGAGAGGAUCUGGAGCGAGAUUCCUCAGACGGCAGAGAGACAGAGAGACAGCGGUGGCUGAGUGAUGGAGAGAGGAUCUCGAGCGAGAUUCCUCAGACGGCAGGGGACGACGUCUCGGAAUGCCAGAGCAGCCAAGGCCGCGUGGGACAAGAUCUACAUGGCGCCCUCUGGCGUACAGAAAGAGCGAAUCAAGCCUAGCGACGUGUUUGAGCUCGACUCUGCGGGCUGUGUGGUCUCGGCCCCCUUGGCGCCACUCACCCUGAGUCAGUGCGCACCGCUCUUCAUGCUGGCAUACAGCAUGCGUGGUGCUGGCUGUGUGAUCCACACCCACUCCGUCUCCGCUGUGCUCGCCACGCUCCUCUUCCCGGGGUCGGAGUUCCGCAUCCGCAACCAGGAGAUGAUCAAGGGGAUACACAGGGGAGGUCCCAACGGGGUCCCCUUGAACUACAGCGACACGCUGGUGGUACCCGUGAUAGAGAACACUUUGCACGAGGCCGACCUUGAGAGCUCCAUGAGACACGCCAUGGAGGUCCACCCGGACACCAACGCCGUCCUCGUGAGGAGACACGGAGUCUACGUGUGGGGAGACACGUGGCAGCAGGCUAAGACAAUGUGUGAAUGCUACCAUUACCUUUUCUCACUCGCCGUGGAGAUGAAGCGUUGCGGCCUGGACCCGGAUUCGUAGAGACCCAGAAGAGACUCGUAGAGACUCAGAGACACUCAUAGAGACACUCAUAGAGACCCACAGAGACUCAUAGAGACCCACAGACACUCAUAGAGACUCAGAGACACUCAUAGAGACACUCG